GGCGGCUACGACGUCCCGAUCCCGGAAUUCCUGCCGGCAUCCAAGCACGCAGUGUUUGCGUGGACAUGGAUCAAUGGCCUUGGCUCGCGCGAGUACUACAUGAACUGCGCCGACGUGCGGAUCGAGAACUACGGGAAGCAGGAGCCGCUAACAGCGCAUCAGCUGCUGGUUGUUAAUUUGCCCUGGCAAGCCGGAUUGUGCCCUGAAAAGACGGGCCGCGAGGAAGACCAUGUUAUCGCAUUGCUCAAAAAUCGCCCGUUUGUAACCGUCGGCAAACCCAUGGAUAUGGUCCAAGGAAGAGGUGGCUGAGGCCAACCAGCGCAAUGACGCCGAUGAUGACGCGAGCUCCAACGGCGAUUUCGGCAAGCGAGGACUCGGCCAACAGCGAUUCGACCACGGUUGACCCGGUCGAUGACUCGGAUAUCCCGGACGAAAUUACCAGCUACAUCACGGCGACCAAAUUCAUCACGGAAGACGAUAUCCACGACGAGGAAAACACCAGCGACCUGGAUGCCGGGUUCACCUACGGCAAGGGUGCAAUGGGCGAUGGCCACAUUCCUGAGACCCUCUCGGGGUUCGGCGACGACUCCACCAUACUCAUGGGCAGCUUCACCAAGGAUCCGCUGGAGUCUCUCGAGUCCACGACAGCCGAUUCCUUUGAGACGUUCACACAUCUGACCGGCGCUUCCCAUAGCGCUGUUGGUGAGCUGGGGGGGCUGGAUUUGUGGCCCGAGAGCUCGUCGUCGUCGUCAAUGCAUGAGGCUGUUGAUCUGGAUUACGAAAAGACUCUGGGUACACAAAGUGACCCGCUUUCCGGCUCCCAGCGCCCAUUCGACUACACGAUGCAGGGCAUGUUCCGCAGCAUGCCUGUGGCGGAAGCAGGCGCAACGUCGGCGGCGUCGAAAUCAGUGCAUAUGGUGACGCAUAUGGCGACCACGACGGUGCAUGGAACGCCGGUGCUGCAGGUGGUGGUUUCGGCCGACAACACUAUAAUCCCAGAAAGCCUGACAAUCUCGUACCCAGCCUAGGCAUCUCGUUUACACGCUCUAGUUAACAAGUUUGCUAUCAAUCCACUUGAGAGCAGAGUGGCGGGGGCCUCACUAGCAUUGGCGUGAGCAAGAAGGGAUUGCCAGCUGGUGUGCCAGCGUCCUGCUGCAAUUGGCUCGCUGCAAUGCUAUGCUAGGCAUCUAGGAUGUGUAAUAUUUGUAG